AUGUUGAUGGCGGCCUUGAUGGGUGGUGUUCCUGAAGUCGUAGUCUGGAACAUAGUUGGAGAAGGGGCGAAGAAAGGCCACGCAAAUCCUUGGAUUCGAUUCUUAGCCUUUGGUCUUCCCGCAUUAAAGGAACAACUACCUGAAUCGGGCGACUCCGCGGGCUGGAAAGCUCGAAACAAGAAGGUCUCAAGGCUCUGGAAAAAGCUCAAAGACGAUGAGAAGGAUGUCUUCCGAGACCCUUACUUCUUUGCUUUGGCCGAUUUACCCAAUCUUUCCAAGGUUCCUGAAGAUCUUGAUUCCACCGCGAAUCCAGAGGAUGAAGGCAACACAUCUCUCCAACACCUCGACGAAUCGACCGCAACUCCUUUGGUUCACAAGUUGACAGCUGAAGAAAAGGCAAAGUAUCAGCCUUUGUUUGAUAAGUUGGUUGACAAAGAGAAGCUUCACACGUGUCACGGUAAGCCAAGUCCCACGAGUUCUGUAGCUACAGUACAGAAAAGGUCCCUACUUGAGCUUCGAAAAGCUCAUCAUGCUUUUGCUGUAGUCUGCCAGCGAUAUCAAAUCACUUAUUACUUAGCUGGGGUUAGUUGUGGAAGUGCCGAGGGAUGGAGGCAGGUAUUUUCAAAUAAUACCUCUUUUGCUAACUGGGCAUCGAAGGACCAAAAGAUUCCAGAAACCCUAGCAUCUUACAUUCACGGUCAGUCUGCUGCCAAGAUAGUCGAGGGGAGUGAAAGCAAACUUCAACAACCAAGUGAUGAGCGUAAGACACGCCUGGGAAGAGAACUUAAUAGACUACUUAAUGCGGUCUAUAAGGAUGAAAAUGUCUUUCCCAAGCUUGAAAACCCUGCAGCCGAUAUACUGGAGAAGGGGUGGCCGAUUCGGAUUGUACAGAAACCGGGUAGUCAGUUGUCAGAAGAGGCCUUGAAUGUUGGUCAUCGUCGAGCCAAGGGUUUGACUGUCAAGGCAUGGCUGGAUGAUAUAAAAAACGGCCUCUUUGUAAUAGAACACAUUCCAGAUUCGGAGCUAGCAAAUCGAAGCAAACAACAACAAUCUAAAAAGUCAAAGAAGAAAUCUCAAUCUACAACCUCCCAGAUUCCCUCAAAUCCACAGCACCCCGAUGAGCCCACCAACACCGCUAACACGAAUUCUGCUGGUAUUCAACCUAGUCAAGCGAAUAAAUCUUGCAUGAAGCGUAAGCUCAAAGCCUUGGCUAAGGGGGAACCUGCGCAGAACAAGAAGAGCAAAAGACAAAAAAAAACACGCGGUGACUCUGACUCUGACAGCGACUCUAACUCGGACUCCAACUCUGGAUCUGAUUCAAACUCCAGCUCUGACCCCGAUUCCAGCUCUGACUCCGAUUCAAACUCCAGCUCCGGCUCCGACUCCAACUCGAACGCGACCUCUGACCACUCUAACGACGUUGACAUGUCAUGA